AGAAAGAGGAGAGAAAGCCCCAUUCUCCAGUUGCCCCACUCCCUCCCCGCAUACCCUUCAUUUCUGAGUCAUAGACGGAGGCGCGUGAGCGCGUGACAAAAAUUAAAACCAAAUUUCCCCCAAAAAAUGGCGUCGUCGUUGAAGUUUGUGCGCGUGCCGCCGAACUCGGCGAACAUAGCGGAGGCGCGUCAGCGCGUGUUCGAGUUCUUCAAGACGGCGUGCAGAUCCAUCCCCACCAUCAUGGAUAUCUACAAUCUGGACGACGUCUCCUCCCCUUCGCAGCUCCGCUCCACCAUCUCCGCCGAGAUCCGCAAAAACGCCCACGUCACCAACACCCAGGUGAUCGAUAUGCUGCUCUUCAAGGGAACAGAGGAGCUGAGUAAUAUCGUGGAGCAUGCAAAGCAGAGACACCACAUCCUCGGUCAGUAUAUUUUACCUCAUGAAGAAAGUCAAGAUGUAGGAACCAAAGACCAGGGCGCAUCCGAUUUCUUGAAAAACUUCUACAAAGGCAACUACUUCUGAGUUCUUUCGUUUCCAUGUGGAUCUGCCUUUUAGUGUUGCUGCCUAGUUCAUCGAUCGGGUAAUAAAGAAAACUUUGGCUUGUAUUUUGUCAUUGCUACAAUUGUUGGACAAGUAUUUUUCCUUGUUUUUCAUUAAAAAUUCAUGUUGUGAAUCGGUGUGAUUUAACUAAAGAGAACCGGGAGUUCGAUUUAUUUUAGUUUUGGGCGCUUAAUUACAUGUGUGUUGAACUC